UUAGUCCUUAAAUUUUAUGUCUGUAUGUAUGUGUUUGUCUGUGCGUGAAUGUGUGUGUGAAAACUAUAGCAACCUAAACUGAACAAAACAGAAAAAAGGAAAAACACUUGUGACUGUGCGCGUUACGUUAUUUCGACUAUUUUUUUGUUGUCAAUUGUUUUUCAUGUCUGUGUGUGUGUGCGUUGUGCGAGUGUAGUAGUGUAGCAUGACCGAUAAUCAGCAGCCAGUGGCCAAGGAGUCCAACCUCAACUGUGAAUGCCCGCUGCCUGCACCAUCGGUGGCCUCCGUGCCUGGCGCUCAAGCAACUAGUUGUCAGCCAGCCAAUGUGGUAACCAUACCGGUGCCCAUUAUACAAUCCGAGGGGACAUUUGCCUACGUCACGGUCAAGGGUUCAUUACACGAUUAUACCUGCACUGUAUUUGGCUUAAAUCAGGCGGAAAUACAAGCGCUCUCCAAUCGCCUGUCGGUCAAGCCUUGCGUCAACGGAGUGCUCAUCGCUGUGCCGCCCAUGGUAAUGCUAAAUACGUUGGCACAGCUAAGCUAUAAAGUCGUUUGCAGCUGCGGCGAGGCUGAAAUCUGUUGGACUAUGCAGCGAGAGGUCUAAAGACAAGCAAGCGAGCACU